UGAGUACCGUCCGCAAAAUCAAAAAUAUUUCUCGCGAUAGAUGGAAUUCAACAAGCGUUCAAUGUGAGGGAUCCUGGCUGCCCCUAUGACAGACAGCCGAUUACGUUUACGCCAUGUAGAGAAGAAUGUGAACGUGGACGGGAAACGGAUUUCCGGAGCUUUUUGCUCAUUAUUGGAGAGAAACGUGACAGCUCGGCUCCAUACAGGGAAACGGGUUCAAUUGGAUGCCGCACUGGAGAGACUGCUGAAGAAGUGGUUCCUGUCAGUGAUGUCCAAAACUCUGCUGAAAGCUCUUCUGGUUUUCACUCUGAGCUCUGCGUUCACCCUCUCAGACUCUGACACCGCGAAGGUUCGGCUUGUGGGCGGGGGCUCCUGCUCCGGGCGGGUGGAGGUGCUCCACCUGGGCCAGUGGGGGACGGUGUGUGACGACGUGUGGGACCUGGAGCACGCUCGGCUGGCCUGCCGUGAGCUGGGCUGCGGCCCCGCAGCAGCGGCCCUGAAGAGAGCGCACUUCGGCCAGGGAAACGGCGCCAUCUGGCUGCUGGAGGCGGCGUGUCGCAAAGACGACCAGUCGCUGGCAAACUGCAUAUACCUGCCCCCUGGGUACAUCAACUGCAAACAUGGGGAGGACGCCGGCGUGGAGUGUGGCCCAGGCUCCAGCGGUGGAUUGCACUCAGGUUCAAACUCAGAUGACUACAAGGCUAGUACCCCAGGGUACCCACGCUGGCAGGUGGCUUUACUGGUGAUGCUGGCCCUGCUCCUGGUGGUGCUGGGAAUGUCCUUCGUGUUCUACAGACGCUUCAAAAUCCGCCAGCUCCAGAGCAGCCGAAGAGAGUGUGAAGACAACAUCUACAUCGAUAUGACAGUGCAAUAGGUGGAGGAACACACCCAAACCAGGAGUGCCACAGAGCCGGCCCACUGCAUCGCCCUCUGCCCUAAAUCUUCCAUGCGCAGAACUGAAGUCCACUGUGAGACCGCCCCAGAGCCUCAGGGACCUAACCAGCAUGGAGCACAUCGACACGGAGUCACACGCAUUGCCUUGGAUUCACUCCCGUACAGCACUUUUAUUCUGAUCCAAAAUGGAAAGUUCCCUUUAUACUCUCAAAGACUCCUUUACUGAAUGUACAAGCUGCCAAGCAGUGUUAGGCCAUGCUGUGUGAAUGAGAGGGGACUGUUCUUCAUGUUUUACUCACUGAAAAAGCCUUAUUGUACCACUUUUAUGUAUGUUGUGUUAAUGUAUUGAUUUUUAUUUAAAUGCCUGGAGUCUGCUCUGUGUGUCCGAGUUUUUUUUGUUCAGUAUUAAAAGCUGUGGCAGGAUGAACUUCAUCCUGAGGGGAAGUGACAUUCCUGUACAACUGGAAUAGCGA